ACUAGGAGGGAGCAACAUGAAGGGGUGGGAGUAAAGUCAGUAGACUAGUAGAGGGCCUUAGAGUUAGCAUGGGUUGAGUUUGUGUUUGAGAAAAAGAUGCAUAAAGUUGCUACUUUUAAGUUUUUACAUUGCCAAGCUCAUUUUUUUUCCCUAUUUUAUUGGAUAAAUUAUGAUCCAUUUAAUCAAAUGAGCUAAUGUGGUUUACACUAUUGACUAUCUUGUUCAAUACAUUUUCUUGAAGAUUUCGAUGAACUUAUAUUAUAAAAUUGAAGAGAAUUGUUAGGAAGGUAACUCAUAUGUGAAUUGAAACUAGUUGUCUUUCAUCAAAAAAAAAAAAAAAAAAAAAAAAAAGAGAUUGAUUAACAUAUAAGUCUGGUGGGCUACUCCACUUAUCACCAAUUGAUUUUAAGAAUAAAACACUAAUAUCUAAAUUCAACUCGCCUUCAAAUAUACUCGGCUCAAAGCCUCAAACCGAUUGAAACUCAAAUUAAUCACGAGUCGGCUAGGCUUAGUAAAACCCCUAGGUUGGGCUAGAGUGCCAUAGAACCCUUCUUGACUUGAAGUGAGUUUUCAACUCUCAAGGGAGUUAGAAAUCGUUCCUAAAAUACAUGUAAGGAGUACUUGACUAUACAAUUGGUUACUUCCCUCUCUUCUGCAACUUCAAUUGCAGUGUCUCCAUAAUUUAUACUCAUCACUUCCAUUUUCUUCAGGUUUUUAGUGCUGCUUUUUCUUGUUCAACUCUUACUUUGCUGCAAGUCUAAAGGAUCAGAAAACAAACAUGGAUGUCGAUUCGCAGGAAACCAUGGAGGAAACUAUUUUGGUUGGUGAUGAUUUAAUGACGGGGCCUCCAUCACCUAUCAUUCCUCCGGAGAUAGCUCCUUAUGUACUUGAAGGUGUCAACUUAUGCGAUGGGUUGCUGAGGAAUUUAUAUUUGUGUUUACAGAUCAAUGAUAUUGAGCCAUUCUGUCAAGAUGAGAUUGCUAUGUAUCGACAGUGUGCUGAAAGAAGAGAUAAGGAAAUCAGGCAAAGGCUUCAAGAAAGUGAGCACAAAUUAGGUUUAUCAAUGCCACUUGAUCAAGCCAAGGAAAGGGCUGUUCAACUGGAAUCAGAAGUCACUAAGCUGGAAAGGCGUUUGAUUCUUGCCAGUGGAAUGGAAGGUGUUGAAGGAUUUCGCCAAAGAUGGAGUUUGCAUGGGUGUCUCACAGACAUGAGGAAUAGAUUGGAGUCCUUAAAGCAGGGGCUGGAAAAGAGAGAGCCCAAUGAGCCAACUCAGACUCCAUCAACCAAAAAAUGGUUUUUCUGGACAAAGAACUGAAGAAGCAAAGGACAAGUGACUGAAGUGAGACAAUUUUGCUACAAAAUGCAUUGUCAUAAGAAGCAGGAAAUAGUUGAAUUUGAUUCAGAACCGUAAUGCAGAUACUUUUGUAGCUUCAUUCUUGAAGUCUAGUUACUUUCCCUUUUCAUUAGAUUCAUUAUCUCAACCCAACAUAUCAUACGUAUCUCAGGUUAUAACUUCAUUCAACUUGUAGUUUGAAGUUUACCCUUGCACAUUUUUGGUAUAGUUUGAGACUCAGUUGUAAUAAAAGAUGAUAUAUGGAGUAAUUAAAUAUAAUUCUAUUGUUA